AUGUGUGCAUUUACACCAAAUACACCUUUGGAAGAAUCUCAAACCUAUUACCUAGUUGAAAAUAUUUAUCUAUUCCAGGAAAACGUAUAUGGGCAAGAAUGCGACACCUGCAAACCCGGCACAUUCCAUCUAUCUGCUGCGAACCCCAAAGGUUGCGUGAACUGCUUCUGUUUUGGAACCACGGAUCAGUGCAGAUCAAGCAUGUUCCCAGUGUCGAUUGUAAGUACCGCAUUUGAUAUGUCUGGAUUCACCGUGAAUGACCCAUCUGGUAAUGUCACAGUCGACGAUCAUAUUGUGACUUAUACAGCUGGUGAAGGAGCUCCUUCUGGCGUAUAUUUUAACGCUCCAAUCACUUCGGGAUCGGACUACACGAGCAGCUAUGGACUGACGCUAUACUUCCAAAUGUCGUCACAUCCACAAGAAGGUCCACAUGCUAUGAGUUCGGAUGCAGAUGUACGACUUUAUGGGAACAAUAUGACGGCCGAAUUCUGGGCUCCAGAACAACCAGCUAAUCCUCAAGAAGCGUUUACUGUGCGCGUAAAGCUGUUACCGGAAAACUUCUUGUCAUCUAAUGGACAACCGAUCACUCGAGCAGAUCUGAUGAUGAUCCUGCACUCUUUACAAAACGUUACCAUCAAAGCUUCCUACUAUAACAACCCAAAAUCCGCUCAGCUUAUUGAUUUCGGCUUGGAAGUGGCUGGGGAGAAUCUUCCACCAUCAGCUAUGCAGGCCUCGUCAGUGGAACAAUGCGCUUGCCCAGCUCCUUACAGCGGUCCGAGUUGUCAGCACUGCGCUCCUGGGUACUACCGGGUCCAGUCCGGCUCGUACCUUGGUGCUUGCGUACCUUGUGAAUGCAAUGGGCAUUCGGGCUCGUGCGAUCCUGAUACCGGAGUCUGCUUCGACUGUCAACACAACACUCAUGGAGAUCAUUGCGAACUUUGUGAAGAAGGGCAUUAUGGGGAUGCGACAGAUGGUAGUCCAUACUCAUGUAUGCCUUGUCAAUGUCCAUUCUCGCCGACGAAUAAUUUUGCCACUGGAUGUCAGGUCUCCGAGUUUGGGCAACUGCUAUCGUGUAACUGUAAACCUGGCUAUGCUGGUGACCGAUGUGAUAGGUUUGUACAUGGUUAUGUGCUUUUAUUAAGUUAUAUGGGCAUAGGCUCUGGGCAUACAGUAUGCCACGCGACGCAUUCGCGAAGCGUGUCACUACCUCGCGAGGCCUAUAAGCGCAGAAGCGCAUGA